CCAAAAGAAAAGUCACCACAGCGUCUAAGCACAAGAAGGAGGUGAAAGCAGCCCCUGUUAAAAAGAAAAAGGCUGAAGAGAAUCCAUCCCAAAUUUCUGCUCUAAUCCCCCGGUACUCCAUUAUUUCUGAUAUUCGUGAUAAACCUGCCAAUAUCACGUUUGAUAACCGUUCUCCUAAAAUCGAAGUCCAAAAAGCCGACAUGAACAAAACUGAGGAAUCGGGAACAGAGGAAGAGUCUAAGA